CGAUCAUUGCCCAGGAGCUAUCAACAGCCUCUCUGACUAUCUAGUCUUUACUCUCUAGCCGAGGAGGAGGUGUUCGUCGAAGAAGCACAGAUCACAGUGUCAACGUCUUUUGUGCGAGAAGAUGAUAGUAGAUAGCAAAUUGAAAUGGUUUAUGAUAUUAUUUAUUUUUGUAGCUUCAAUUGAUAGAUCACCAGCUUCUCUACCCAAGGACCCUUACCCUUAUAUAGGAAUUCGUCCUGAAGAUGAGAAAUAUUACAAGGCAGCUGAUACGAUCAAAUGCAAAGAUGGAUCCAAUAAUUUCUCCAAAUUCCAGUUGAAUGACGAUUUCUGUGAUUGCGCAGAUGGAACAGAUGAGCCUGGUACGUCGGCAUGCCCCGGUGGAAAAUUCUAUUGCCGGAAUGCUGGACAUGUUCCCGUUUUAUUGUUUUCUUCCAGAGUCAACGAUGGCAUUUGUGAUUGCUGCGAUGGGAGUGAUGAGUAUGACGGCAAAGUGAAGUGCUCAAAUACCUGUUGGGAGGCUGGGAAAGUGGCUAGAGGUAAGCUGAAGAAGAAGAUUUCUACACAUCUAGAGGGUGUUGCUUUAUGGAAGCAGGAAGUGGAGCAAGCAAAGGUUGCUAUAGCCAAAGAUGAGGCAGAGCUAUCGAAACUGAAAAAUGAGGAAAAAAUACUAAAGGGGCUUGUUCAACAGCUUAAAGAGCGUAAAGAACAAAUAGAAAAGGCCGAAGAGAGAGAACGCUUACAGAAAGAAAAGGAGGACAAGAAAAAACAGGAAGCUGAAGAAAGUGUUAAUCAAGAAAAAAGCGUCGUGGAGGAAGCUAAGCAGGAAGCAGGUGACACUGAAGAGAAAGCUGACAGUGAAGGCAAGGCCAUGGAAAACACGCUUCAUGAUGAAAUUGGUGUUGUAGAGGACUCUCCAGUGGAUCAGGAUGUGGCAGAGAACUAUGUUGACCCUGUGGCUGGAGUUAAACAAAGCGAUGUGUCUAAAAGUGAAGAACCCCUGGUUAAUGGGGUGGAGCAGGAGAAUGAUGUAACGGAGAAUACCAAGGGAUUGUCAAGGGAAGAGUUGGGUCGCCUUGUUGCAUCUCGUUGGACAGGAGGGGAUACUGAGAAGCAAAAUGGCAAAAUUGAUGGUGGAAAAGAUAAUGACCAUGAAGAUCAUGACGAAACAUCCAAAGACGCUGAUGAUGAGGAAGAGGAUGGCUAUGCUUCAGAAACAGAUGAAGACACUGGUAAAUAUGAUGACAGCAGCGUAGAAGAUGAGAUUGAUGAAGCUUAUGAAGAUGAAUAUCAUGAUGAUAGCAGUUCUUCUUCAUACAAACCUGUAUCAGAUGAUGAAUCAGACUUCUCAGAUACCACCACUCCAAGUGGUCCUUCUUGGUUGGAAAAGAUACAACAAACUGUGCGGAAUAUUUUACAAGCUGUCAAUCUAUUCCAACCUCCACUAGACAAAUCAGAUGCCGAUCGUGUGCGCAAGGAAUAUGAUUUAUCCAGUACCAAGUUGUCUAAAUUACAAUCAAGGAUAUCAAGUCUGACACAGAAGCUAAAACAUGAUUUUGGUCCGGAGGAGGAGUUCUAUUCAUUCUAUGAUCGUUGUUUUGAGAUCAAGCAGAACAAGUACGUUUACAAAGUCUGUCCAUUCAAAGAGGCUUCCCAGGUGGAGGGUCAUUCAACAACUCGCUUGGGGCGGUGGGACAAAUUUGAAGAUUCAUAUCAAGUCAUGGUAUUUUCAGAUGGUGACAGGUGCUGGAAUGGCCCAGAUAGAAGUUUAAAGGUCAGGCUAAGAUGUGGUUUGAAAAAUGAGAUUAUGGAUGUAGAUGAACGUAGCCGUUGCGAAUACUCCGUGUUAAUGUCUACUCCAGCUCUUUGCCUAGAAGAAAAACUAAAGGAACUACAACAUAAACUAGAUUUAAUGAACAAAGAGUCACCUCAGAGCCACGAUGAACUUUGAACUGUGAAGAAGAAUUGUGUUGUUAACUGCUGCCGGGAAAUACCGACCACUAAAUUAAUCUCGGCACUGGCUUCACUGCUCAAUGUUGAAAUACCAAGAGAUGCACAAUGCAGCUUCAUUGAUAGAUAUAGUCUGAAGAAGUUACAGUCAAAUACUUGAAGUUGCGUCCUGAAAUUUUUAUAUUCUGGAGCACAACUUCAUGUUGCGAUUGUAUCUUCCCAGCCAGAAUAUUCAUAGAGGCUUGUGGCAUAA